AUGGCAGCCAGCAGGAGGCUGAUGAAGGAGCUUGAAGAGAUCUGCAAAUGUGGAAUGAAAAACUUCCGUAACAUCCAGGUUGAUGAAGCUAAUUUAUUGACUUGGCAAGGGCUUGUUGUUCCUGACAACCCUGCAUAUGACAAAGGGGCCUUCAGAAUUGAACUUUCUGAAGAGUAUCCAUUCAGACCACCCAAGGUCACGUUUAGAACCAAGGUCUACUACCCUAACAUUGAUGAGAAGGGGCAGGUCUGUCUGCCAGUAUUUAGUGCUGAAAACCAGAAGCCAGCCACCAAAACUGACCAAGUAAUCCAGUCCCUCAUAGCACUGGUGAAUGACCCCCAGCCUGAGCACCCAUUCUGGGCUGACCUAGCUGAAGAAUACUCUAAGGACCAUAAAAAAUUCUGUAAAACUGUUGAAGAGUUUACAAAGAAAUAUGGGGAAAAGCGACCUGUGGACUAA